UUCUGCCUGUGCAGUUAGCCUGUGAGUGACUCACGCCAUGAGAAGAAAACUUCGGAUUAGGACAGUUUUAAAGCUGCUGAUCUUCGUUUGCCUUUUUUACAUUAUUGUACAGAUUUUUCUUCAUACAACAUGGAUUGUCGAUUCUAGCCCGGGAGUAAAAGAUCCUGUUAUUAUACUGAAACAACCGUCUUCAUCGCAMACAUAUAAAGACAAGACGACAAAAAUAUCAACAACAUCAGCACCAAAAACCAUACUACAGAUAACAAGUGAUGGAGCAGGAGCUAAUCAAAGAACACCCACUAAAUUAGCCGUAAAACUUACCGUAGCUUCCCCAAACUUCAAAUUUAUAUGGACAAACCCAGUCAUUACAUAUAAUCACAGUCGCGAGGCCAAGAAGUUUUUGUUGAUUGGUAUACCAACGGUUGGUCGUAUCAAUGUCAGCUACUUGAUUGAUACUCUUAAAGGACUUAUUCAAGGCCUGGAUGAAGAUGACAAAARUCGGAUAUUGAUCACUGUUUUAAUGGCAGACUUUAACCAAGAAGUAAAUAAUUACAUGAAAGAACUUAUCGAAGUCACUUUUCCACGUGACAUUAAUAAGAUAAUACAAUGCAUUCGUGCUCCCCGUUCAUUUUACCCAAAAAAUAUGGACUUUCCUCCUUUAUGGGGACAUAGCGCAGCGAAAACUAAYUGGCUUGGAAAGCAGAGUUUAGACUUCGCGUUUUUAUGGGAAUACUCCUACAAGUGGGGAUUUCAAUAUUACCUUCACCUUGAAGACGACGUUUCAUCGCGGCAAGGCUAUUUGAAGAYAAUUGAAACAUUUGUCAAUAAACAUCAAUACAAGAAUUGGUCGGUAUUAGAGUUCGGUGAUCAAAGGUCCAUUGGAAUGCUUUAUCGAUCUUCGCAGCUUCGUCAUUUGCACAAGUUUACCUGGAUUUUUUCAUGGUUUUAUCCAGUGGACACUCUURUAAGACAAUUUAAUGAAUUCCAUCUCUAUGGAAACCCAGAAUGGGCGAAGUUAAAUCCACCUAUAUUUCAGCACGUAGGCAGUGUUUCAUCUUUUCAAGGACAAAAGCCACAAAACGUGAAUCCACAAGCUCUUUACCAUCMAAGCGUCAGUUUCCCAUCGGCUGACGUGUUGUUCUCAAGAAACAAUACAUACACAAAUGACAGCGCAUUUCUGGUGAUUGGUGUUCCAACCGUUAAACGAAAGAACGAAAAUUAUCUACUCACUACAUUACGCGGUUUAAUAGAUGGUCUCCAAGAACCGGAGAAAAAGCAGGUCUCAAUUCUCGUAUUCUUAUCCGACCUUAAACAAGAAGCCAUCCAAAGCGUGGUCACGGAAGUUAAGUCCUCGUUCUCAAACGAACUGAAUUCAGGUUUUCUGAAGAUCAUUAAAGCACCUUUGUCUUACUAUCCAACUCUGGAUGGACUGCCGACGCUAUGGAAAGACAAGCCUCAAAGAGUGAAAUGGCGUUCAAAACAGUGUCUAGACUACGCAUUUCUCUUCAACCACGUCUACAGCAACUAUUCUGGAAAGUACUAUUUGCAUAUAGAAGAUGAUCUAAUCAUACAAAAGGGGUAUCUUAAGCAUAUAAAGGAAUUUAUCAACAGGAACCGCAACAAAGACUGGUCAAUUUUGGAAUUUGCCAAAACCAUAGGAUUUAUAGGGUGGAUGUAUAGGUCUGCAGAUCUUGGAAAAUUAGCGAAAUUUCUCAGAACGUAUUACUGGUCCCUGCCUGUUGAUAUGCUAAGUCGACAUUACAAUGAGUUUCAUCUGUACGGGAAUCCAAAAUGGGCUGUGUACGAGUCUCAGUUGUUCCAUCAUGGUGGCCGGCGAUCUUCUCUAGACGGUGUAACUAGAAAGGCGACGGUGGUUCCAAGAAUUCGCUAUGAAAAUUGCAGCAAUCCCGAGGCUAGCGUAACCACAUCAAUCAAACAUGCAAUGCCCAAGAAGUACACUGAUAUAUCCAGAACCUAUGGGGAUAAAAGUCUUCACGAUUACUUCUGGGGAAAGGAUUUUGGCAUUGGUGACUAUAUUUUGCUUCGUUUUUUCAAUGAUACAAACGUUGUUAAGAUAGCUGUCGCUUCGGGGGGAGGAGAGGGAGAGUUGGACUUCUUUGGUGGUGCAAAGAUAUCGUGGAGUGAUUCUCACAAAUGUGAUAAAUACGUUUUAUGGAAAUCAUUUAAAGACGAGAAGGAAUUAAUUGCGACGAGUGAUGAGGGGAUAUUGUGUAGGUGUAUAAAGAUUGAAGUAACAGCUCUGCGUAAAGACGAUAAGGGAAGUCUAAGAUGGUUGUUUUUACAAGAAAUUGCUGUCUGGGCCACCUAAGCACCAAGUCGGGCUUUCUGUGGUAUCUACGACUCUAAACGAUAUUGGGUAUGACCGCUGAUCAUGUAUAUGCGGGCUCUGCUCUUGAAAAAGAUGAGAAAUAAGUAAAUACACAAGGUCACAGACUUGUUAUUUCAGUCUGAUUGGGCUAAUUACCCUCAGAAUUCUCAAUAUAACUGCACAAAUAACUGCACAGUGAUGUCUAUCAAUAAAUGAUCAAAGCUGAAGUAUCAGGAAGAAUGAGAAUGGGAAUUUGAAAGGAAAAGACUGGCAAAGAAAAUAAGAUGAAAGAGAGUGUUCAAUUACUUUUA